UUUUCUUCUUCCUCUCUUAUUUAUCAAUCUUCUUAUAUCUUCUAUCCUCUCCUCUACCAUAUCCAGCAACCCCAGCAGCCCACACUUGGCCCUGAGAUCACUUGCCAUUUAUUCCCCAGCACAGCAAUCCCCGCCCUCAACUCCGAAACCAACUCUGCCCCACACAUCGCAGGGUCCACUUUUCAUCUCUUUCUUUCGUGUCAAACAUCCCUAAGCAUCGUACAAAAUGGGUCAAACACUCUCUGAGCCUAUGACUGAAAAGCACACCACGGAUGUGGUUCGAGGAAAGCAAUUCUGGGUGGGCUUGUCAGACAUGCAAGGGUGGCGUAUCAGCAUGGAGGACGCCCAUUCCGUCCACCUUUACCUUCCCCCGAGCUCCGACGAUUCCAAACCUCAUAGCCCAGCAAGUGACGUUCCGGCUCAACCUGAGGGUUCUACCGUCACGAACCACAACGAACCCGAAGUCGCUAAUGCGAUGUUUGGUGUGUUUGACGGACACGGUGGCCAGACAGUAGCCAAGUUUGCGGGCACGACUUUGCAUUCCCGAUUGUCAGCUUUGGAUGCUUAUAAGUCCGGAGAUUACAUAACUGCCCUUACCCAGGCCUUCAUCAAAACCGAUGAAGAUCUCCGAGCAGACCCAUCAUUCUUGAACGACCCUUCUGGAUGUACCGCCGUCGUGGGUCUCAUCACGACCGACGGCCGUAUCAUUGUCGCGAACUCUGGUGAUUCUAGGUCAGUCCUCGGCUACCAAGGACAAGCCAAGGCUUUGUCCAAUGACCACAAGCCUACCAAUGAAGAGGAGACAGCGCGAAUAACUGCCGCUGGCGGAUUUGUCGAGUUUGGCCGAGUGAACGGUAAUCUUGCCCUUUCUCGAGCCAUGGGCGAUUUUGAGUUUAAGCAAAACUUUUCUCUUGCCCCCGAAAAGCAAAUUGUAACCGUCGUCCCCGAAAUUAUUACCCACGAACUUGAUGGCGAAGAAGAGUUCCUUGUGCUAGCUUGUGAUGGUAUCUGGGACUGUCUUACCUCUCAGCAGGUCAUUGACUUUACUCGACGUGCUAUUGCCAAUGGUGACCCCUUGGGUAAAAUCUGUGAGAACAUGAUGGUCAAAUGUUUGGCCAAGGACUCUAGCACUGGUGGAAUUGGUUGCGAUAACAUGACUGUGGUCAUUGUCGCUUUGUUGAAUGGUAGGACACCAGAGGAAUGGCAAGCUUGGGUCAAGGAGCGUGUCGAGCAAAAGGUUGGCCACGAUACCCCCGAAUCCAUUCCUGACGUCUUCCCCCAGAAUUCGGGUCCUUCCAAUAGCGGCUUCGCUGGCUCAGGCUUCCGCGUCGCAGGCGGCGCUGGCGGUCUCGCAAACAUUGCCAGCAUACUGGGAGCCUCUGGUAUCACCUUCAGACCCGCUUACGACAGCGAUGAUGAUGAUGAUGGUAUUCAACUAAUGGGAGAUGGUCCCGUUUCGCCCGAUAAGCUCUCAUCACCCGGUCUCAUUGAUAAUGAGGCUGUCGAAGGGGGGACCAAGCCGAAGGAUGUCACCGGUCAGCUUGAGAAGGAGGAAGAAGAGACCAUGUUUGGCGGAGAAGGCAAGAAGGGCAGUGUGAGAUUGCUGGACGAAGAUGGAGAUUCUAGCAUGGACUCUGAUGAUUCCGACUCUACCACAACGGGCAAUGACCCCGCUCCUCAACCUAUUCCAUCAUCAUCUCACCAAGCCACCCACUCCCCCAUCCCUCCCAAUUUUUCGUCCAUCGGUUCUCCUACGGUGCCUACCCCGCAAGAACUUCAGGGGCUGCAAGCGUCCAACAGGAGUGAGCCCCAGGGGGAUGCGUAUUCCGAUGCCGUCAAGGUUGAGGGGCUGAUGGACAAGAGCGAGAGUCCUCUGAAUCUUUAGAACGGCACGCAAGUUCAGGGUUCUUUGAGAGGAAAAAAAAAAUAGAUUUCUGAAGAGUUGUUGGAAAGAAGGGCAAAGGGAGCUUGUUGUGUCUGAUAAUGCUUGGAUGGUUCUCAAACCGGAUUUCAUUUUGGUUAGGAGCUCCUUGGUAUUAGAAGAUAUGCUUCUGCCGCCUGUUCUGGUUUAGGCGAACGAGUGCAAAUCGAGUCCAAGGAUCGAUAUUCUCUUUUCAAUUUUAAUUGUGAAAUAUACCCCGUCUCAGCCUUCUUUCUCCGUCAUUUUUUUAUUAAUUCUUUGUGUGCUCAGAGCUUGGAGUGCUUUUUAUACUACUCUAUACUCAUUUAACUCUCGAUCUAUCUAUCACAAUCAAGGGUGGGUUUGGAAAUGCAUUGUAUGUGUAAUGUCUC